AUGGCUACUCUACAUUCCAUCAUUGAUAAUAGAGCACUAACAGAGGUGGAGGUUGCAUUAAAGGCAACUGCUUUCCUGGAACAUGAAGAACUACUCAAGAACGAAGAGACUGCAUGGAUGCAAAGACCCAAAAUCUUUUGGCUAAAAAAAGUUGACAGCAACACUAAGUUCUUUCACAAUUCAGCCAAUGCACCUAAAAGGAGUAAUUGCAUUGACCAACUGGAUGUACAAGGUGAGACAGUGAAGGAGACAGACAAAGUGAAAAAGGAGAUCAUACAGUUCCAUAAGAAGUUUUACACAGAAAUAGAAAGAUGGAGACCAGCAAGAAGCAUGAUAAAUUGUCCUACAAUCUCAAAAGCAGAAGAAGUAAAAUUACAAGGCAAAUUUGAGGAGGAGGAGGUGCUCAGUUGUUUGAAAAAGUGUGCUAUAGAUAAGGCCUCUAGACCUGAUGAAUACACAAUGGGCCUUCUCAUCAAAUGUUGGGAAGUUCUAAAACAUGGAAUUAUGAAUGCCUUCCACAACUUCUAUGAAGUUGAGAUAUUUGAAAAGAGCUUCAAUGCAACAUAUAUUGCACUAAUUCCCAAAACGAAAGGAGCAAAGGAAUUCAAAUAUUUUAAACCAAUUAGGUUGAUAGGCAGUUUCUACAAGCUUUUGUCUAAAGUGUUGACUGAAAGGAUCAAAAGGGUGAUGGAUAAAUUGGUAGACUCCUAG